CAGCUCCUUCGCUCAGUGUUGAAUGAUUAUAUUCUUCUCGUGAUAUUCGACGAUUCUGAAACAAUUUGAACACCAGCCGCAGCUCAGUCAGAGUGAAUUUUCAGGUUUCAAAGCGAAAUUUUUCAAGGUGUUCGUCUAAGCUCUAAAAUGACAGACUCGAUGAAGUUUGGGCCAGAAUGGUUACGAAAUAUCACCCAAGACACAUCAAGCAGCACACCGACGAUGUCCGGGCCAAAGUAUCAGUUGGCAGAGUUCCGCUACGGUCGUGAAGAAAUGUUAGCUCUCUUCGACGAAGCGUCAGCAGCACCAGAGCCACUGAAAAAUUUGUCCGGUCUUUAUGUCGAUAAAACACAGCCUCCUUUGGCACUUAUUUCUGUCACUGAUGAAGAAACGCGUAUGUGGAACAGAGGAAUAAAUAGUGAUGCGGUUUUGAGGGCAAAUCGAGCGGCUGGUGGAGGGCCUCUACUAGGAGGAGUUGGUCCGACAACAGCAGGCGUCAAUUUAAAUAGCAGUUUACUCCGUGGAGGGCGGGGAGGCUCAUCUAUCGACCGAGGCAGAGGUCGUAACCUGCGGGGCUCAUCAUUCCACUAUCCACCACAUCGCACCAACUAUGACGAGUACUCAGAUCUAAUGCCAUCGUUUGUUCGGUCUUCGCGACCAUUCGAGAGAACUCAGAGUCAAGGGUCAGAACGGAAUUGGUUGGAUCGGAAUGGAACAACAGAACGAAGCAUGGACAGAGGUGGCAACGGAGGUGGAGGAGGGAAUGAGUCCUCUGGGAGCGCCAGCGAGUGGAGUGGUGGCCUCCACUCGCAGCACCACUCUCAGCUUUCGUCGAGCCCUCGUAAGGAGUUUCCUUCGCGGAGUGGUCUUGCAGAUUCCAACAACUGGCGCAAGCAUAGGGGGGCUGGGGAAAGCAGUGAUAGCGAUGGUUGGCGAAGCACUUCCAAUAACAAUAAUGGGUCCAUGAAUCAAUAUGACCGAAGCAGCGGAAAUGAGAAAUGGGAGAGGAAUAGCUGGCGAGAGCCAAGUGAUCGGGUUGAGAGGGAAAGAGAAAAAGAAUCAGAUGACAAGGAGAGGGGUAUGAAGUGGGAACGGCGCCCAUGGGAAAAUCAUGAGAAGCGAGUGCGGCGCAUGACCUGGGACUCAGCAGAUGAUUCACUUCCAGAAUGGGCCACAGAAAACCCAAGUGAAACAGGUGGUAGUUUUGAUGCAUCCGGUGCAUUUUACAGGGAUGAUGUUUAUUCGGAUGAAGAAGAGCCACCUCGAGGGAAAGAAAAUCAUCUUCGGCAACAUGAUGAACCAUUUUCUAAAUCAGGUCAGCCAAGAAAUCGGAGGCUGUCUUCUUGCGAAGACGAAAAACAUCAUUACAUGGAAGACAGUCCAGAAAAAAGCAAGGCAAACAAACAACAGCAAAGAGAAGAUAGCGCUUUACUGAGCAGUAGCAAUAAACAGCCUUUAGAGCAAAGAAAUGACAAUCAGUCAGUCGACCAGCCCUCAGUGCCGUUCCAUCGAAGUAACUCAAAGCCUGAAACAGUAUCACCUAAAAAAUCGCCAACAGUUCAAAACAGUAGCCAGAUUGCCUACAACAGCAAUAGUAGUAGUAGUCCUAACUCCUCGCAAGCUCUGAAGCAUUCUCAAAGCGCCAGUAACCUAAGCAACCCACUAGCCUCUCCCUCCUCACAAUCUGUUCCUGUUGCACAGAACUCAGUGCCCCUGCGAAAUGCCACUGCUAUGAACUCUGCACCAUCAAUGGGCAAUGACUUGAACAGCAAACCACUCCCAUCGAUGGGUAUCACCAAGUCUGAGUCUACUUCCAAAGUUCCUAACCCCGUUCAUAAUACGCUUCUUCAUAACUCCUCAGCACCUUCAUUAACUUGUUACACCAGCCUCACAGAUAGGUAUCAAAGCGGGAAUGGUGUGCCCUCCCUCUCACAAGUUUACAACAAUAAAGAGGCAGGUGACAGGCACCUGCCUAAAGCAGAUGAAACUUUUGCUCGGAUGCAAGAAGUAGCGGAUGACAUUGUUGCCAAGCUUGUGACAGAUGAUGAGGAUGUGCCGCCUACGGUGCAGCAAGUAGCCGCCCCAGUCAAGAUGCCUGUGACGAAUAGAUGGUACUAUCGAGAUCCUCAAGGAGCUCGACAAGGUCCAUUUUCUUCUACAGAAAUGGCAGAAUGGUUUAAAUCAGGCUAUUUUCAAGUAAACCUUCUUGUCCGGAGAGAAUGUGAUGAGACAUAUGCACCCCUAGGUGAACUGAUGAAGCUGUGGGGCAGAGUGCCAUUUUUGGCGGACAAUAUACACCCACCAAUUAAAAGUCAAGUAGAUCCGGCACUUGGUAUUCCGUCCUUGAAGGCUGGAGUGGGCGCACAGCUGCCUUUGAUCAACUGCGUAAAGCCACCUGAGACUGGACCCACUCAGUAUUCUCCAACGAUGGGAGUUCCACAAAUGGAGGAUGAAUUUCAAUACCAGUAUCGUCAAUUAAUGCUUAGGCAACAAGCAGUUGCGUUCCAAAGUGUUUUAAGUAAAUUAUCGCAAACCGAAAGGUGGAACACGCUGACAACUGCGCAACAACAAGAGCUAAUAGUGCAACAAAUGAAUAACUCAGACAUGACGGUGCUACCCCCAUUACAUAAUCCAAGUUUUGUGGUACCGCCAGAGCCGAUUCAGCAGCCCCAACCGCAACCACCACCAACCCAACAAACAACCGUACCACCUAGCAACCCCCUGAUGAACCUCUUGGCUCAGAUGGGACUUCCAGUCUCGCACGAGGCACCAGCGUCAACGCAAAUGAGUCCAAUCCCUCAACAGCCGCCGCAACCUCAAUCCCUCCAUCAUCACCAACCACAACCGCAGUCGCAGUCCUCGUCAUUAGAUCCGUGGCAGCAGUUCAUCCAAAAGCUCAACACAAACAAUCUCGGAGGAUUCUCCUCUCCUGCGCAUCACUUAGGUGGAAUGACGCCGAUGCCACAACCUCCACCCCCGCAGCCCACUCUUCAACAGUCUCUCUCAACUAGCUUACAUUCUCACUCACCGUCUACCAAUUUGUUGUCAGGCAUGCCUGACGAUGUUUCACAGACUGAUCUUGAUCCUGUUCAAAGGCUCUUGCGCCAACUGGGAAUCCAGCAUCAAGUGCCUCCGUCCCAACAGCAAUCCACUAAUAAAGUCGAUAGUUUAUGGGGUAGUCUAAACUCAAAUUUGGGUUCUUCCCCCACAAGUUGGAUGCCUUCUCAGCCUCUACCUGCACAGUCUUCUUCCAUAUGGGGUGAUCAUACUCCGAAAGUCAUGAAAACUGAGCAGGAAGUUAUUAAAGAACAGUUGCAGCAUGUGGAGGAAACCAAGAAAAUAGAAAAAUUAAGGAAACAACAAGAAAAAGAAAAAUUAAAGAAGCUAGAAGAAGAAGCAAACAAGAAGGCAACUGAGGAUAAAAAGAAAAAGGUUGAAGAAAAGAAGAAGAAAGAGACAGAAACGAAAGAGAAGAAGAAACAGGAAGAAGAUAAGAAGAAGAAGCUAGAAGAAGAAACAAAAAAGAAAGAAGAAGACAAAAAACGCAAAGAUGAAGAAAAGAAGAAGAAAGAGGAUGAUAAAAAGAAAAAAGAAGAUGAGAAACGAAAGAAAGAAGAAAAGGAUAAAAAGAAGAAGCAAAAUGAGGAAGACAAAGAUAAGAAAAAACCUGAUGACGAUAAAAAGAAGAAAGAUAAUGAGUCCAAGCGGAAGGAUGAAGACCAAAAGGAAGGUAUUAAAAGGGUAGAAAAUGAUAAAAGCCUGUCUGAAAACUCCAAGAGUCAAGAUCAGAAGGGGGCUGGGCCAGUAAAACAACCCUGGAGCAGCCAAACUAUCGCAACACCUAGCUUAGCUGAUAUUCAAAAAAUUGAACGAGAGAAGAAAAUUAAGCAGCAAAUGAAAGAACAGCAACAAUUAGCAGAGAUGGCAGCAGCCAGGAGCGCAAACCCCGAACCACCUCAAACUGGUUUCCAGCUCAAAUGGGCAGAGACCAAAAAUCCACCGACUGUUGUUAAAUCAUUAGCAGAAAUUCAAGCAGAAGAGCAAAAACAAUUAGCCAAGCAGUUAGAACGAGAACGAGCGGAGAGGUUACAGCAAGCGAAAGAAGUGCAAAUUCCUGCCUCAUCCUGCAUAUGGGCCAAUCAAAAUUUAACUUGGAAUACCAACCAGCAUAAUUCAGUCUGGGGUUCAAAUCCACCUGCAAACAAUUCCUCUGGAUUCUGGGACAAUAUUGCUAACAAUACAAGUAAUUCGAAACCUAGCACCAAUAUAUCUGCCCCCGGCACAGGAAACGUGAAGGCAGCUACCAACGCAGUUAACAAAUCUCAAAAAACUAGUAGCACCGUUUCAUCAGGGACUGUAGUAACAAAUAGCAACAACUCAGCUGUGACUAAUAAUAAAAAUGUCACUAAUAGUAACAAUAGUGCAAAGGCGACCAAAGGGAAUAAGCAGAAGGAAACAAACAUGUCUCCCAAAGCAACCCCCCUGAGGCCUGCCAAAAAUGAUGAAUUUAGUCAGUGGUGCCACAAGGCUAUUUCUAAUAUCAAGACUUCCGUUGAUGUGCCAACUUUUGUAGGUUUUUUGCGUGAUAUUGAAUCUCCAUUUGAAGUUAAAGAUUACUGUAAAGCUUACCUCGGUGAUAGUAAGGAGGCAAGCGAAUUUGCAAGACAAUUUAUUGAGCGGCGGUCUAAAUGGCGUGCCAAAAUGACCAACAAGAACACUCCUGCUGAUGACAUCUCUGCUCCUGCUCCUGCUUUGCCAGCUGAAUUCACAGAGGUCAAGGGUAAAAACAAAAAAACAAAGAAGAAGCCUACCAAGGUUGACAGCCGAAUCCUAGGUUUUGUUGCUCAUGAUCGCAUCAGCACUGGGGACAGUUAUGGAGCUGACUGAACCAUAAAUUCUUAACCGGGAUACUUUCUAUUUUGCUAGAAUAAUAGAUGUGUAGUGCUGAUGGAUGAAAAAAUAUUUUAUCAAAGAUUUUUCUAAUGAUUCAACUGUGUACAAGAGAAUUUUAAUUAUAAUGUAAAAAAUAUUUUAAUAUUGUUACUUUAUUUUCUCUUUUUAUUAAUUUAUUAUUUUUUUUUAUUUCAUUUUUUUAUGGAUUUGUAUUUAUUUCUAAGAUCUUCUCAGUUGAUCUUGAAUUUUAAUAUAGCUUUUUAUCUUAAUUUUACGAUGUUAUAUUUGUACAAAGUAUGAAGAGAGGAAGAAGCCCUCCAAAAGACAAAAAAAUUGAAAUAUGAGUUGAUAUACUGAUGAGAUCCCAAUGAAUUUUAAGGACUUGAAAACAAUUUGGGAACUUCAGUCGCUAGAGUAACUCAUAAUUGAUUGUACUAGAAUGAAGAAAAUUUAUUUCUUCUUUUUGAUUAUCGUUUAAUUUUGUAACAUGUUUUGUGAAAAUUCACGGAUUUCUACCAUGCCAAAAGAAGGCUAAAACUGAAAUUUGAAUACAUUCAAGGGUACAGUUGUGGAAGCCUCAGAGGAAUUCAAAAACUGAUUUUGAACGAAUUUUAAACCUUCAAUAAUGAAAACCUGGGGAAAAACCAUGAAAAUGGAUUUGAAUAAAAUCGGAUUUUAUGACUGUUAAAA